GGCCUCGUGCCUGUCACAGGAGUCAUUGAUCGGUUGAUAACCCUUGCUUACGACUCCCAUGAACCACCCGAAACUGCCACCGGAACUGGAACGCUAUAUCUUCACUCUGCUCGCCGUUGCUGAUCUGGCUUCGAAUGCUCUUCUCCUACGUGUCGCGCACCGCGUCAAGCAGUGGGUCGAGCCGCUGCUCUACCGCACGAUCUACCGCACUCCCCAUAUGAUGCCCAAAUUCACCGACGCGGUCUUGCGCGAGUUUCUCGACUCUAAGCCACAGAAGUGCCACGACGUCGUGCGCCACGUGAUGUUCUUCGAUGUCGCGUCGGGGAUCAGCCUCCCCCUGCUCGAGAGCUGCCGGUCGAUCGAGAACGUGUGGGUGGAAAGGAGGGUGAAGAAGAAUAUGCUCGCUCUCAUCGGCGGGCUGCCGAAACUCCAAAGACUCUACUUUCCCUUCGCAGCCAUUGACCUCAUCCCCAAGAUCAGCUUCGAUUCGACCGUGGCGCAGCCGUUCGCGCGGCUGUCCCACCUGGAGUUCAACGACACGAAAAUCCCCGGUACCCAGUCGGACGCCCAAGUCGCGAUCAUCGCGUCGCUGCCGGCGCUCUCGCACCUCGCAUUGAGCGGGAUGGCCUUCCACGGCCUGCGCAUGGCGCUGCGCGUCUUGGAGCAGUGCCCACGCCUACGCGUGCUGGCGAUCAUACACUGGCCCAUUUUCGACUCGUCAGGUCCGCUGUACGAGGUGCGCGGCCCACGGAGGGAGGUGUUCGAAGAGAACCUGCGGCUGGUGUGUGUGUUCAAGCGCCGGGAUGCCCACGACUGGCUCGCGGGGACCCGGAACGAGCCUGAUUUCUGGGAGCACGCGGAUAGGCUGGUCGCACUAAGGCAGACUAGAACUGAUGAAGCCCGCUCGUAUCUUAUCCUCAUGGCCGAUGCAAGUGCGAGCGAGAUCGCCGCGGAUGAAGCCCUUAGGGCUUAUGACGCGUCCCUUCCACCCAAAAUUUUCCGCGGCGUGCAGACCGCCUAUCGGCGUGGACGCCCAGUUCGCAGAGACUAGUUGAUACAUAGAAGUUUACAACUUGAGGAGAACUUCGCAACAUUGAUGGGACAAUCGACACGCACUUUCCACCCCAACGGUUACAUUCCCGAAUUCCUGCGGAUUCCCCGUCUGCAGCAAGACCUGCGUGUCCCGGAACAGCUGCUCGUUGCGGUGCGCGAUCGCGCUGCCGCACGUUCCGCGGAACACGCGCAUCGUCUGGAACACACCUAUGUUGCCGGAGAGUGCCCUGCUGGUGUACUCCUUGGUCCGGUCAUUUCAGUGAUGUCCGUCGCGUCAUAGACACCAUCUAUAAAGCCCAAGUAAACAUUCUUGUUACAAUGGGCAUGCCCCCCCCCAAACGGUCCUACAGAACUACCCGCGGGACCCCAGAAAAAUCCAUGUCCCGCUCUCGACGACAACGGCACAGUUCGACAUUCUAUCAGCGUUAGAAUGAAGUCUGAUGUAGUAGAAAGUCAUCCCAAUCUUUUGCAUC